AUGGGACUUAGAGGGAAACCUGGAAAGAAGGAAGAGUCUGUGGCUGUGGCAGUAGACAAGGACAAAGGAAGUCAGCAUGCUAUCAAAUGGACUGUUGAUAAUCUUCUCAGCAGGGGCCAAAAUGUCACAUUGCUCCAUGUCAAAGAAACUGCAUCUCACCACCAUAACCACCAUCACCAUAAGGAGGCCGGAAAGGUGCACCAAAGCCAAGCUGAUGCUCAAGCCAAAGAAUUGUUUCUUCCAUUCCGCGGCUAUUGCACCAAAAAGGCUAUAAAAUGCCAUGAGAUCAUAAUUGAGGACAAUGAUAUAUCUAAAGCCCUCGUCAACUAUGUUACCACUAAUUUAAUUGAGAUUUUGGUGCUUGGCACACCAUCAAAGAAUGGUCUUUUCAGGUUCAUGACCACGGAUGUUCCAACCAUUGUGUCGAAAAAGGCACCAGACUUUUGCACGGUGUAUGUCAUUGGCCGGGGAAAAAUCUCAAUUGUGCGAUCCGCUACCGGUUCAGUACCUGAAAGAGUCUCACCGCCACCUCAAGAAAUAGAGCAUCACUCCAGCAAAGCUUCUGAAUCUUAUCCACAAAUGAGGAUGAGCAAUCAUAAACCCAGAGCACCAGAAAGGACACAGUUUUCAGCCCGUUGGCAUCCAAACGAAAACGAAAUCAUGUCACCUUUCAGCAGAGGAAACUCUGCACUGAACAAAUCAUAUGAGCUUCCACCGGACAGUGAUAUAUCUUAUGUAAGCAGCGGAACGCCAGGCAGGGAUCACAUGUUUCCUUCAUUCUAUGACAGCAUGUCAUCGGGAAUGACCUCGCGUUUUUCAAUCAACUCCGAUUUGGACAGCAGAAGCUCCACCUCUACGGCAUCCUACUCUGGAACCAAGUUUAUCGACAUGAGCUCUCCAAGCUCAUUUGAAAGUGGAAACUCGUGGUCAUCGUCACAGAACGCGGAUGAUGUGGACGCCGAGAUGAGGAGGCUCAGGCUAGAGCUCAAACACACAAGGGAUAUGUACAAUACAGCCUGCAAGGAGGGAGUCACAGAAAAACAUAAGGGAAAGGAAGUCAACCAAUGGAAAUUGGAAGAAGAACUGAGAUUAGAAGAGGCACGAACAGUUGAGGAAGCUGCAUUGUCACUUGUAGGGAAGGAGAAAGCAAAGUGUAGGGCUGCCAUGGAGGCAGCAGAAGCAGCUCAAAGGAUUGCUGAAUUGGAAACACAAAAAAGGAGAAAUGUAGAAUUGAAAGCCCUUAGAGAAACUGAACACAGGAAGACGGCGCUAGAAUCAAACGCAUAUGACCUCAGGUACAGGAAAUACACAAUUGAGGAGAUUGAAACAGCAACAAAUGAUUUCUCAGCGGGUUAUAAGAUUGGGGAAGGAGGCUAUGGGCCUGUAUAUAGAGGUGAGCUCGACCACACACCAGUGGCAAUAAAAGUUCUACGCCCCGAUGCAGCUCAUGGAGAGGAGCAGUUCAAGAAAGAGGUUGAAGUAUUGAGUUGCAUCAGACAUCCAAACAUGGUUCUCCUUCUUGGAGCAUGUCCAGAAUUUGGUUGUCUGGUCUAUGAGUACAUGGCUAAUGGGAGCUUAGAGGACCGUCUCUUCCGGCGAGGUAACACCCCAGUUAUUCCUUGGCAGUUAAGGUUCAGAAUUGCUGCAGAAAUUGCGACAGGGCUUUUGUUCCUUCAUCAGACCAAGCCAGAACCCCUUGUCCACCGUGACCUAAAACCUGGAAACAUUUUGCUAGACCAUAACUAUGUGAGCAAGAUCAGUGAUGUAGGUUUGGCCAGGCUUGUUCCUGCAUCGGUUGCCAAUUCUGUGACUCAGUAUCACAUGACAUCAACAGCCGGAACAUUCUGUUAUAUCGACCCAGAGUAUCAGCAAACAGGACUGCUUGGAGUAAAAUCUGAUGUCUAUUCACUUGGGGUCCUGCUUCUACAAAUAGUGACUGCCAGACCACCAAUGGGUUUGACUCAUCUUGUUGAGGAAGCUAUUGACACAGGGGCUUUUGCUGAGGUGCUUGACCCUGCUAUUUCUGACUGGCCUAUUGAGGAAGCCUUGAAGUUUGCCAAGCUUUCUUUGCAGUGUGCUGAAAUGAGGCGAAAAGACAGACCAGAUCUCGGGAAGGUUCUUCUACCGGAGCUUAAUAGAUUCAGAGAAUUUGGUCAAGAUAGCAUGAAUCGGCUCAUGUUUGGCGGUAGCCAAGUGUUCUCAGAAAAACGAGGCGCGAUUUCCACAAGACAAGAUGUGAUAAGUGACACCAAUCUAACACAUUCAGGAUAUGAUAGCUCAAGGAGUUAG